AUGUCCAUUGAAUACCUUGGAAUCAUUGUAUUGGAUAAAGGGUUUAGCUUGGAAAAGCUCAAAAUCCAAGCAGUACAAGAAUGGCCCACACCCACAAAGGUUAAAGAAGUCCAGUCCUUCCUAGGCUUUGCCAAUUUUCUGUGCUGGUUUGUUGCCAAUUUCAGUCACAUGGCACAACCUCUGCAUAACCUGGUUAAAAAAAACACACCAUGGAAGUGGGAUACUAAGGAACAAGAAGUGUUCCAGGUACUCAAGGGUGCCAUCACCAACACACCCAUACUUGCACAUGCCAACCCUGAAAAGCCUUACUUCCUGGGAACAGAUCCAUCUGGUGCCACCCUUGGUUCAAUCCUUAGCCAACACCAAGAAGACAGCUGGUUACACCCGCUAGGCUUCUUAUUGGAAUCAUUCAAGGGGACCCUUCACCCUGUCACUGUGUUCACCAAUCACCUGAAUUUGGAAUACUGGAAGGAAUCUAGAACUUUCAACUGUAGAUACACCAGAUGGCACCUGCUUCUGGCAGGAUACAAUUUCCAAAUAGUAUACCAACCCAGGAAACAAUUGGGAAAACCAGAUGCUCUUUCCCAAUGCACUGAUCUCACAGAUAUUCCUCCAGCUCCCCAAACCAUGCUCCCCUAUCCUGUCUUUGCCAAUAUUGCCUUAGUAACACCCAAAAAGGAACUCCAACAUCAGAUUGAGUCAAGCCUAGACCAAGACAAAUCCUUGGAAGAGAUACUGACCUUCCUACAAAAUGAGUCCAAAGCACCCACCUCCAUAAAGCACACAUUCAAAGAUUACAAAAUGGAGGCCAGCCUGUUAAGAGUUGCAUAA